CAGGAUUUAAAAGUGUGUCUCAGCAGCCCUGGACCAGCUCUUUGCAGGCAUUUGCUACGGGCUCCAGGACAAGCCCUCGUCAGCCGGUGCGUCUGGGCUGGGACAGUGAAAAUGUUUAGUGUCAUCGGCGACAAAUACACGUAUAGGGGACCCCACUAGGCAGGCUGGUGGGUCAGGGGGAACAGGAAGCCAGGAGCCAAAUUCAACAUAGGUGCGGGCACACAUAUGUGUGGCCACCCACACGUGUGCGUACUCUGAGGAGCAACUUUCGUUUUGGUUUUUGUUUUGGUUCCUGGGGCAAAUUUUCUAUUGAACACUUUUGCCCUCCUGUUUAUAAAAAAAAAAAAAAAUUUUUUUUUGGUUGCAUUUUUAACAAUUUGAAUAUAAAAAGUGUAAGAAUCCAACCUUUGAAAGGAUUGAGGCGGGCAGCAGACGCAGAUGGAUCCAGCGGCCAGCAGCUGCAUGAGGGGUCCCCACCCCCCGGCCCCUGUCUGGGGCUGCCUUCGAAACCCCCACUUGGAAGGCACUGGAGCCUCAGGGCUCCCCCACUACCCGCCAACCCCAUUCUCCUUCCACCAGAAACCAGACUUCCCAGCGACAGCGACAACUGCAUACCCCGACUUCUCAGCUUCAUGCCUGGCAGCCACCCCACACAGCCUGCCCCGGGAGGAGCGAGGCUUUACUGAGCAGCACCCUGCCUUCCCACAGCCCCCCGAUUGGCACUUCCCUGUGUCAGAGGCCCGGCGUAGGCUCAACCCAGGCCCCGUGGGGGGCUCCAAGGAGAUAGGGGCCAACAGCCCAGGCCUGGUGGACACAACGGGAGGCCCAGGCGAGGACUAUGAGGUCCUUGGGAGCACUGCCAAUGAGACGGAGAAGAAGUCCACCAGACGGAAAAAGGAGAAUUCAGACAACCAGGAGAAUCGAGCGAAGCCAGAGGGCGCCAGCAAGGCCCGGAAGGAGCGGACAGCCUUCACCAAGGAGCAGCUGCGGGAGCUCGAGGCUGAGUUUGCUCAUCACAACUACCUGACCCGGCUCCGCAGAUAUGAGAUCGCGGUAAACCUGGACCUCUCCGAGCGGCAGGUCAAAGUGUGGUUCCAGAACCGAAGGAUGAAGUGGAAGCGCGUGAAGGGGGGUCACCCCAUUUCCCCCCAUGGGCAGGACCUCGAGGAUGGGGACUCUGCCGCCUCUCCAAGUUCAGAGUGAGAUUCUCCAGGGAGAAAAAAAAAGACUGAGGACUGAGCCCCCUACCAAUGACCCCCACCCCAAUCCCACCUUAACCUCCUCCCACUCUCCCAGGGCAGCCUCUCCACACUUCACAGUGAUUCCUGGAUAGAAAGCUGCCCAGGGUUCCUGGGAGCCUUGAAGUUUCUAGAAAGUUCUGUCCAGCAUUACUCUGUCUUUAGCAGCCCCUUCCCCAGGGCCUUCGCUUCCCACAGUUCUCAUGGAGUCAAUCAUAUAGCGCCCAGAUCCGACCCAAGUGAAUUUGGAGAAUAGCUCCAGGGACACUGUUUCUUCGGGUCUAAGCUGCCACCCACGCCUCCUUCUCACAACCUUCCUCCCACACCGGCCAGACCUCCUCCAGUUCUGGACACCUGGCCUGAUGGGAGAGGAGCCUUGAGACCAGCUGUGAGUCACUAAGGCAGAUGCCCCCAAAGAAAGGCAAGGAGACACACACACACACCCUAGACCAACCACCUCUCCUUCUGGGUUUUGUUCUGAGGCUUUGGGGGACCUCAGUUGUCCCAAACCCCAGGAAAAAUCAAUGUGAGGAAGUCUGAAGACAGAAACUUAGCUGCUACAAAUCAUAAGCCAUCCAUGAAUCCAAAUUGGCUGGCUCCUUGGGCAAGUUCAUGAGCGCUGGCUGGAAGCAGACAGUCAGGAGGACAGAUUGGUACAGGUCUCUGUGGUCCCCACACAGGCUUUUCAUGCUGGCUUGACUAGGUGGGUGAGAAGGGACCCAGGACAGCACCUGCUUCUUCAAAAUCAAUUCAGGGACAUACCUGGGAUUGUUGAGCUGGACUCCAAGUCUCUGGAACAGCUAUUCCUUUUAAAUCAGUAAUUUCUGGAUGGAAAAACUAUCCAGAUGCUCACAUUAUUGAAGUGAGGGCUGGAGAGGGUCCCUGUGUUCCGAGGAUGGAGCAGCCAUACUAGGGCUGCUUACUGGGUGAGGGCCUAGAAAUGUGGGACCCUGGCGUGGUUUCUUUCUCCAGCUGCAGGGUCUUGUGCUUUCAAAGAACUCUGGCUGCAAAAGGUCCAAGAAAAUGUCCUACUUUCUCCAUGGGAUGCAUCUGAGCCCCUCUGAAGUGUGCAUUCCACAAAUGCUGUUAUGAUGGGAGGAGCUGCCACAUUUAUGUGUGGACUGCCCAACCCCCACCCCAGGACUGUUGGCCCAGCAACCUGGGGCUACUGACACCUUGAGAGAGGCCCCUGCCUGCCCCAGUGCUCUGUCCCCCAACACCAGCUGGUGUUGCAGAUGGAGGUCAGCAAGAGUUUGAGUUCUUGUACGUAGAUGUAAUCAUUCAUGUGUAAAAAAAAUACAAAAACAAAAAGCCCACCUCCCUAUCUUGAAAGGACAGACUCUGUGGAAAAUGAUUGCCAAGUGAGAUGGCUGGUUAGAGCAUGUGUAAUUUUUUCUAAAGUAUACUUCAUCUAUUUUCUUUAGAUUACAUCAAGUUAACUGUGUAAGAUCAAUUCACUUAGUAAGAAAAUUCUUCAAGAAAUAAAAUCAAUAAAAAGAAAAAAAAAAAAAAGAGCAGAGUUUCCAGGUCUUUUUUCCUGGAAGAGCUAGGAACCACAUGUCUGUAUGUGGUCUUCUGAUACUCAUGUGAGCAUCAGCCAGACAAGAUCUAGAAACAGCAAGAAAACAGACAUCCUCUAAACCAAGGUAUCCCUUGGUUCUUCAAAACGCAGGGGUGCAAAUAUAAUGGAUUUUUUUUUUUUUAAGUCUCGUCUUCCUUGACUGUAUUGUCUUCAUUUCCCAUUGGAGAAUUUUAGCUUUCAGUUUCCCUAACCUGUGGCUUAUCAAAUAGACAAAGUUCUGUAAACAAAAGGUGAACUCUUUUGUUAAUAAAGGAAACUUGACCAUAAAACUAACCAUCCCUAAUUUUUAAAUUCAACGUUUGGAGGUUUUUGUUUUUCAGGGUGCAGCAGUAUACACCAACAGAAAUAAAAAUGACACGAGAAAAAGUGUCC